GCCCAUCUCACUCAACAAUACCGGUAAUCACACACUCUCGUUUUCCUUCGCCUGCUCAAUGUUGCAAAAGCAGGGAGAUUCUGGGCUCUGUCAUUGCAAUUUUGCAUCCCAGUUGGUCACAUAAACCCUUGCUGGAACCUCUCUGGGCGGACGGGCUCCAGCGCCCAUCAACCUCCGUGCCUCUCCCUUCCCCCAGCCCCCCCCCUGCCGUCCCGACUCGGUCAAGACGCGCCUCCCACAUCGCCUGCUAAUCGUCCGAGCACAUCGACAACACGACCGAAUUACAGUCUUGUCACCUCGACUGCCCUCCUUUGAUACUAGACUGUGACCGUCAACCCCCUCGGUGUCAAUCAAGAAAGGGGAAGACGCUGCCUAUCCACUUUCCCAACGCCCCCUUGCGGGUCGGCAUCCGCCAAUCGACCAUUCCUCUAGCUAGCUUCCUUAGUUCCCUCGAGCGAUUUCGAAUUGGGUCCUGGGUCCUUUGAUCCUGAGCAUCAUCUUCUUGAAGCUCGAGCUCGAUCAUCAUUUACCCUCCUGCUCUGCACCGAGCUGGCGUAGGUGCAACCUCACGAGCUUUGAGCCACUGCACGAACAAGCCAAACGACACCUCCGCCCCUCUUCGACUCUGUGCUCUGAAACACAUGUACAGAACCAUACGAAACAGCCAGGAAAUGACGUGUUAAGGUCUCGGAAAACCAAUCUAUGGGCGCAGGGCAGCCUCAAUAAGAUACACUUGUCCCACAUAUUCCACGACGACAGACAAGAAAGCGACGGAAGAAGAGCCCAUCCUGUCCUAACCAACUCAGUCGACCACUAUGGCUGUCACGGAAUAUGGCCAAAGGCCUAAUUCUUACGCCUUGGCUGCACUGGAAGACAGGUUCGAAGUGAUCAAGGAGAUUGGAGAUGGAAGUUUUGGAAGUGUUGCUUUGGCCAGAGUGAGAGCGAACGGUGCCAGUGUGGCUCGCCGGAACUCUAUGGUUGCGAUCAAAACCAUGAAGAAGACCUUCGACUCCUUUGCUCCAUGCCUAGAACUCCGUGAGGUCAUAUUUCUACGCACACUCCCAUCCCAUGCUCAUCUGGUGCCGGCGUUGGACAUCUUCUUGGAUCCCUUCAGCAAGAAACUCCAUAUCUGCAUGGAGUACAUGGACGGCAACCUGUAUCAACUGAUGAAAUCCCGGGAACACAAAUGUAUGGACGUCAAAAGCGUCAAGAGCAUCCUCUUCCAGAUUCUGUCAGGUCUUGACCACAUCCACGCUCACAAUUUCUUUCACCGAGACAUCAAGCCGGAAAAUAUCCUGGUGUCCACUUCAGCACCUCACGAUUCACAGUCAGCUUUCAGCAGAUACUCCUCUUUGGUCACUCCGCCUGCUACACCGCCAGCGUAUUCCAUCAAGAUUGCCGAUUUUGGCUUGGCUCGAGAGACCCACUCCAAAUUGCCCUACACCACAUACGUCUCUACUAGAUGGUAUCGAGCGCCUGAAGUUUUACUUCGAGCUGGCGAGUACUCGGCUCCCGUGGACAUCUGGGCUAUCGGAGCGAUGGCCGUUGAAGUGGCUACUCUGAAGCCCCUCUUUCCCGGAGGCAACGAGGUAGACCAGGUUUGGCGAAUCUGUGAAGUGAUGGGGAGCCCAGGGAACUGGUAUACCAAGGCCGGUACCCGGGUUGGAGGCGGUGAAUGGAGAGAAGGGACGAAGUUGGCCCAAAAGUUGUGCUUCUCCUUCCCAAAGAUGGCGCCCCAUGCCAUGGACACCAUUCUACAACCGCCUCACUGGCCCGCGACAUUCAGCAACUUCGUGACAUGGUGUCUGAUGUGGGAUCCUAAAAACCGCCCGACGUCUAAACAAGCUAUGGAGCACGACUUCUUUAUUGACGCUGUUGAUCCUCUUCGACCGAAGUCCUCAUCACGCCUGCUGGGGCGGAAGCACUCGGACCUAAGUUUCAGAUCAAAGGAUGCGACCGAAACACCCACCGUCACAUCUAAGCCGUCCUGGUUUCGGAGAUCGCUUAUUGCUCGAGAGAGCGCACCUGCCGUGCCCCAGCACAACUCGGAAAUCAAGGUUACACAGCAAGAACCCGAGACCUUGGUCAGCAGACUUCGACCUCAAGCGAGUAAACGUGCGACGUGGACCAAUGGCACGAGUGCGACUGGUGCUGCACCAAUGCCUAUCCUGCCCUCGAUCCGCCCUAUCUCUCCCUUGCCCAACGCUGUUACUGCCCAAGCAAGUUCGACAUUCGCAUCUCAGCCAGAGUCGAAGCCCAACUCGUCUAAACCGGUUGAGGAGAAAUCAAAGAAGAUUGGCAGGCAGCUAUCGAUCAAUUCGAAUGGCAACCAUUAUGCCGAUAUCCAUCGUCAGGAAGCCGAACGAGCCUUGAAUGCAAACAGUGGAUUGGUGUCCCCACCCAGCGGCCACAAAGAGAGCUUCUUUUCACACUUACGGAAACGUGCGAGACGAUUUUCGGGCAGACACGGACUGGCCUCACCGAAUGGCGAUGAUGUUGAGGCCAAUGCCGCAAACGUGCCGUGGUCGAAUAGAUCUUCGCUCAUGGUCGACAGCGUCAUCCCCGAAGGAAACAACGACUUUUCAGAUCUUGACAAGAUCCUACAGAAUGUUCGGUACAGCCUUGAUCGUGCCGAACCAGAGUCUCUACAUCGAAAAUCAUCCACAGAGGUGGUAUCGAAUUCAGGAACACUGAAACGGACACAUUCAGUUCCCAGGUCACAAGGCAGCAGAUCAAGCGAGAAUCUUUCACAGACACCUGCUCCCACGAAUAAUCGGACACGACGUCCUUUGCAAAUUAACCAGUAUGAAACUCCUGAAGAAGCUGACGAGCUUUUGGAUGAAGCUCUCCGGUCGGCUCAUCGGGCGGUCCGCCGCUUGGACCAAACCACCUACCCGAAAGACCAUGCGCAGCGAACUGCGUUGGCACAGAAGGAUUAUAACCGACAGUCAUUACCGCAACUACCUAGCAACCCAGCACUACACGGCGCCUACCUCACGCCGUCGCCGUCCGCCAAGAGGAAUGGCGUCCAAUUUAAUUCCGAUGCUGGUUCACAAGCCGAGCCAUUGAACAUCACCAAGAAACGAACCGAAUACGAACACGCUCCUUCACACUGGCCAACGCCGCCAUAUGAGGAGAACGAAUGGGCAUCUGCGGCUGCCAACAGCAUUUUCGCCGCCGGACAGAUGUUUCGAUAAAUGAUGAUAUUGGCUCCUAUGCCGACCUACCACGCUCGUUCAGAUGGCCAAAGUUUCUGUUCUGAAUAUCUUACAACGAUAUACUGUUAUCUGAUAUCCUGUACGAAAAGAGAAAGGGGUGUGCAUCGCACGAACGCAGAUUCAUGCGCGGUAAUAUUUGAGGGCUUUUUUGGGAAAUCCCAAUGCACGAAGGCGCAAGGCCCUGAAUGGCCGAGAGUGUUUCGAGAAGACUGUCCAUGAUGUUGGUGGGCGUUUCGAUUCUUCCCUCUUCGCGACGUGGCUGGCCCGGUCACACACACCUGGGUCCCCGUCGCAUUGGCAUGCGUUCUUUCUGGAGGUGUCAUGAGAGUUGGCCAAGGAAGUGAAGUCUUUCUUUUUGUAUGGGCUGCAUUUUGGGUUUUGCCAGCGAUAUUUUGGCAUUGUCGGCUAAGACAGCGACAGAGUUUUCAUUUGUUAAUUGUGCUCGAAAGAGAGAACUGUACAGCUACAUUGGUACUACUACCAUCAUAUGUAUGGACCAGAUGAGAUGGUGCGAUAUCGGGAUUAAAGGUUUAGAGAAUUGCUGGACUUUGGACUUAGUGGUUGGCAUAGGAAGAUGGCGCUGGUUCCUCGGUCCCGAAGACAUACGAGUUCCAGAAUAUCAAUCAAGCCGAUAUGUGAACUGA